AUGGGACGAUUCUGUUUUCAACGAGCAGCCGGAGCCGGCGGUGGUUUGGUAGCUAGCAUUGCGACUUGUCCCCUCGAUGUUGUCAAGACCAAAUUACAAGCUCAACGCGCAGUUCAAGGGCAAGAGGGAUACCAGGGUUCUCUGACGACUGUGAGGACGAUUCUACGAGACUACGGUAUUCGCGGACUGUAUAGAGGUCUUGGCCCCACCAUCCUAGGCUACCUCCCGACCUGGGCCAUCUACUUUGCUGUGUACGACGGGAUCAAGUCAUAUUUCGGCGCACCACCUCUCGCAAAUGGGGGUGGCCCAGUGGGCGAGAAGAAAAUCUAUCCUGCUGCGCAGGUGAAGGGCUACCAGCCCUUGAUUCGGGACCAUUCGUGGUCAAUAUACAUAUUCUCUGCCAUGACCGCCGGAGCAAUCAGCACUAUCUGCACGAACCCUCUUUGGGUCAUCAAGACUAGAUUUAUGACCCAGAUGCCAGGCGAGAUCAGAUACAAACACACCCUCGACGCAGCUUUGACCAUUUACCGCACGGAAGGUCUGAACGCGUUCUACCGUGGUCUCCUCCCAAGUCUUCUCGGAAUAGCCCAUGUCGCCGUUCAAUUUCCCCUCUACGAGCAACUCAAAAUCUGGGCCAAGGGUGACUCGGACAAGCCGCUCUCUAGCGAGGCCAUCCUCGCGUGCACGGCGGUCUCCAAAAUGACUGCAUCCAUUGCAACCUACCCACACGAAGUGAUUCGAACGCGGCUGCAGACGCAGAAGAGGCCAAUUGCGGACGACAUGUCAUCAGAUGGGAUGAUCAAGAGAUAUACAAGAGGCGGUGUGAUCUAUACGGUCAAGAAGGUUGUGAGGAAGGAAGGGUGGCGGGCGUUGUACAAGGGGCUAUCGGUGAAUCUGUUGAGGACCGUCCCUAAUAGCGCGGUGACCAUGCUAACAUACGAACUACUAAUGCGACACUUGGCGGCGCUCGAUGUCGAGAAGGCGCCUCUGCGGUUGUAUCACCACCCCGCUGCAAUGCAUGUAUACGGACCCAACGAUCGCGACGAUACGCUGUACUAUAUGUCAGCCCACGGCCCGCCGCUUCUCGAUCGACGUGGGCAGCCGUCCAUCGCAUCAGGCUCCUUCACUAGGAAGAAUGGACACAAGUCUGUCUGCGUUGGGUCAACGGUAGCAGCCCUGCCGACAUAA